AUGGUCUCAGGUUUGAAAGCACAUCUGAGUUACAGGGUACUUGCUCUGAGCAUUGUUUUUUGUUUUCCUUUCAUCUAGAUAAAGAAGAGGCAACAAGAUGUGGUGAGGUUUCUGGAAGCCAAUCGCAUAGAGUUUGAAGAGGUGGAUAUCACAAUGUCUGAGGAAAAAAGACAAUGGAUGUAUAAAAAUAUCCCAGAGGACAGGCAGCCAGCACAAGGCAACCCACUGCCACCGCAGAUAUUCAGUGAUGAUCGGUACUGUGGGGAUUACGAUGGCUUCUUUGAAUCAAAGGAGAGCAACACUGUCUUCUCCUUUCUUGGACUGAAACCUACUUUGUCAUCAAAGGAGUCAGAACCCUAGAAAGCCUAUCUGAAGUAUCAACGAGCACAUCUCCUGGAUGAAUGACCCUGUUCUUCAGCACACAACAGCUUCCCUAAUGGAUCACUGUGAUAGAGCAAACAAGCACCAUUAGUAGUAGUCUGCUUGCCAUGACAUGGUGCUCUCCAAUAACAUGAAGUUAGUAACACAUAUAUGAAACAGGAUUAAGGCUUAAGGACAGGCUACUCAUCUUCCUUUUCAAAAAUACUUGUUGGUGUUUCACUUUUGUCUUUGGAUUGCUUCUGCAACUGGCACAGAUAUUCUAACAGACGUGUUUGAGAAUAAGGAAUGGAAGUGUAGGGCUUCUCU